AUGGCAAGCAAAAAACUUAAAAUACAAACUCUCAAGCGCCAGCAAAUCAGGCUCAACAAACAACUCUCCGAUGCCAAGAAGGAGGAGGCAAAGAAAAUGGCCCUCCAACGCGGCACACAACCACAAUACCAGGCAUCGCCCGCCCCACGGUUGAAUUCACCCGCACAGCAGUCAUCUAACAGCAAAGGGGAUGUGGGCGUGAAUACUGGGACGAAUACCGGGACGAAUACCGGGACGAAUACCGGAAUUCCGUCGCGAAUUGAGCACCUGAAGAACAUCGAGGAGCAGGCGAGGAUAGCGCGGCUGGCUGCGGUUGCCACGCCAACCGAAACCGCAAACGCAAGCGCAAACUCAAACUCAAACACAAACUCAAACUCAAACCCAACCGCAAUUACACAGGCGAGUGCAAAGAACACUCCGAGUGCGAGCACUGCAGCAGAGUCCGCGGGGCUGACGGAGGCCCAGGCGCAUGCCAGGCGGAAGGCUCAAGCACUCGCGAUGAUGCAGUUUCAGAUGUCCAAUACCGCCCCACCCCAACUAUCACAUCCACGCUCACAAGCACAGGCACAGGCACAGGCACAGGCACAGUCACAGGCACAGUCACAGGCACAGUCACAGGCACAGUCACAGGCACAGUCACAGGCACAGUCACAGUCACAGGCACAGUCACAGGCACAGACACAGCCACAAUCACAGUCACAGUCUCAGUCACAGGCACAGCCACGCACACCGGGUAUAGGUGAUACAACAAGGGAGAAUACGCGUACAGAUACAAGUGACGGCAUGGGUAGUGCGGCUGGGUCGAAGGACGUGCCGGUAAGGAGUGCGGGUGACAUAGGACAUCCAUCUACUGAGGCCAAAAAACGCACCUUGGACGAUAUGCAGGGGGGUGUGCAUGUCAGUGCAAACACCGGCGUACCUGAGAACACCAAGCGCUGGGCAACUGAGACAACUGAGAAGGGGGAGAGUACCAUCACCCCUGAGGCCAGGUCGGCUGCUCAGGAACAAGUUAGUAGUAUGGCAGGGUAUGGAAACACCAGUAGUAGCCUUGUGGGCGGGUUAAAGCCGCAACAAGCCGACAGCGUGGGCAGUCGGAGUGACUUACAGUGCUCGAGUGUGGUGACCGUGGAUCUCUUCCCGUCGUCGGGUUCGGCACAAACGUCAAAGAAACUUGGGACAGGUAUGGGGGACGCGGAAGGGGAUGAUGCGAGUACUAUGAAUGGACUUAGCAAUACUGAUGCGGAGACGGGAUGAAGCGAUGCAGCGUGGAAAACGGGAUGUUAUGAUCGCGGGAAACUAUCUAGAAGGUGUCAUACGAGAGAUACUAUUACAGCACAAAGAACUGCCACACAAGAGUCUGUAGUAAGUAUAGAGGACAUGUCGGAUGAACCCACCGAGAGUUCUAGUGGGCUCAGCCGUGUUGGUACUGAGAUGGGGCGAAGCGACGCUAAGAGCCCAACAGGCACUGUUUAGAACUUGUCAUGUGGGGACUGCUGUUGCAGCACAACCACCACACGAGUCGGUGGCGGUCCUGGAGAGCAUGCCAGAUGAAGCUACUGUGCAGUAUUGAUGGGGUUGACAGUGCUAGAGUGUGGAGAGGUAGCGACGGCCGACUUGAAACCAGGGAGCAGCGAGACCCGACUUGCAGUACUUGUUGGGACAGGGGAUGUAUAGACAUAUGUGGGUACGGGUUUGUUAUGCGUCCACACAGAUGCCAACCAGUAUUGUGUGGGAUGUAUCUCUGUUGACAUCUUGCGUGAUGCUUCGUGCUCCAUCAUACGCCAAGUGGACUAGUGAGCCAGGGUCGUGGAUGUUUUCGGAUGGCGGGCAGUUGUCUGAGUACCACACGAGUUCAUAGUCAGGGUUCUUGCCUGGUUAGUACUAUCAAACGGUACCACACGAGUUCACAGUCAGGGUUCUUGCCUGGUUAGUACUAUCAAACGGUACCACACGAGUUCACAGUCAGUGCCUGGUUAGUACUAUCAA